AUGUCCGAGAAACAGCAGCGACUCGUAUAUUCCAUCAUCGAGUUCCUCAACCAGUCCAUCCAGGAUGGAACAGUCAAGGCAGACGACCAGGAGAGUCUGGAAGUAGCAAUCCAGUGUAUCGGCGAGGCGUUCGGUGUAGAUCCAUCGAAUGCCGAGCAAGCAGAAAAACUUUCCGUGAAACCCGCGACCCUCCAGAGCAUAUUCGAUGUAUUCAUUAAGACACGUAACAAGGUGGCAUCUGGAUCGCAGGCGUCCGCGUCCGCGUCCCAAUCGACAGGACCCACUGCCGAGGAUAAAGCUCGGGCAGAAAAACAGAAGCAAACGGGCAACGCACAGAUGUCCAGUAAGGAUUACGACGCCGCCAUUGACUCGUACAGCAAAGCUGUUGCCCUCGAUCCCACAAACCCGGUCUACUACUCAAACCGUGCUGCGGCGCAUUCAAGCAAAGGGGACCAUCUGUCUGCUGUUGGCGAUGCCGAGAAAGCCAUCUCUGUCGAUCCCAAGUUUGUCAAGGCAUAUCACAGACUAGGGCAUGCCCAAUAUUCCCUGAGUGAUUUCAAGGCAGCAGCAAGUGCAUUCGAGCGAGGAUUGAAACUUGAACCCACAAAUGCAAGCAUGAAAUCUGGCCUUCAAAAUGCCAAGGCUCGAAUCUCAGACGACACCAAAGAAACCUCAUCUCCUUCAACAAGAGGUUCUCCAGCGGCUGCCGGUGCCGGGCUGGGUGGACUGGCUGGCAUGACUGGCAUGGCCGAUAUGUUCAGAAGUAUGGGCGGCGGUGGAGGCGGAACGCCAGACCUCGCAAGCAUGAUGAACAACCCCCAGAUAAUGGCCAUGGCUCAGCAAUUAGCUGCCAAUGGUGGCCUCGAGGCUCUCGCGCAGAAUCCCGCUGUUGCGAAUAUGAUGAAUCGCAUGCAAUCUGGUGGAGAAAUCCCGUCCAUGGGGGAACUCAUGUCGGAUCCGAGUCUGGCAGAUAUUGUGAGGGGACUGGGAGGAACGGGAGGAGGACAGUGA